AUGGUGAACACGAAGGCGGCGGCGCAGGGCGGGGGGCUGCGGCUGGCGUCGCUGAACCACAUCUCGGUGGUGUGCCGGUCCCUGGAGAGCUCGCUGGCGUUCUACUGCGACGUGCUCGGCUUCUUCCCCAUCCGCCGACCAGGAUCCUUCGACUUCGACGGGGCAUGGCUGUUCAACUUCGGGAUCGGCGUGCAUCUGCUGCAGGCGGAGGACCCAGAGAGCAUGCCGCCCAAGAAGACCGAGAUCGACCCCAAGGACAACCACAUCUCCUUCACUUGCGAGAGCUUGGAGGUGGUCCAGCGGCGGCUCAAGGAGAUGGGCAUCCGGUACGUGCAGCGGCGGGUGGAGGAGGGCGGUAUCUACGUGGACCAGCUCUUCUUCCACGACCCCGACGGCUUCAUGGUCGAGGUCUGCACCUGCGACAACCUCCCCGUCAUCCCCCUCGUGCCCACGCCGAUCUGCAAGAGGGCCGCCGCCGCCUCCAAGCAGCAGUUCACUGUCCCGGCAGUGGCCGUGUCGGAUCCCGCACCGGCAAAAACUACCGGCGGCGGAUGCGUCGGCGAGGAGGUCGCUGCUAGCGCAAUGAUGGCAUGCCCGGAGCAAGCCUGCAUGCAGGUCUAG